AUGUCAUCUUUCACUUCUUGGAGAACCAUCAAAUCGCAACUCUGCAAUCUCAACGGGGUUGAGGUCAGGGUUGUCAGCUAUGAACUGGUCCAAGGUACGAUCAACAGCCUUGCGCUGCAGCGCAAAGAGACGACAACCUCCAACAGGCAAUGGCUGGGGCAGACAAAAUCAACACCCACAACGCAAAAGGCGCGCCAUGCCACCGUUGCUGGAGCUGAACUGCGUUGUCGAGGGAGAAGCAACAUCUUUCCCAGUGAAGGUUUUUUCGUGCAAAGUGUUGGGAUACUCAAGCAAGCCAUCUAUUCGCCUGCCAAGUUUGGUGAUAUCCUACCAGAGAACCUAACUCUCUACAAGGUUUCCAUCCCUGACGAAGGCAAGACCGUCGUUGAGUCAAAAAUGGAACUUGUGGGUUAUUUAAUUCCGAACUUCCAAAGGGGACUAUCCAUGUUUUUGUCAAGCCACCACAGCGAGCUCAGAAACGACCUCGCGAACAUGAGCCCGAUACUCCUCAAAAGGUUCAAGUUAGAAUCGCGUAAAAAAUUUAAAGCCACACUAGAUGGAAAAGAUGUGGGCGACCAAGUCGAAUUACCAAAUAUUGGACAAGAACCAAAACACUAUGGGAAAGGCUUCCAGGGCAAAUCGUUCAUUAUUACUGAACAGAUGAUGGAGCUGUGGAAUAAAUUCUCCGCGGAUAGCAAUAGAUCAAUCAAGAGGGUAUUGGCUGGACCGAUGGGCGUCUGCAAAUCCUCCCUUGCAAUAUUCCUUGCAAGAAAAGCGUAUGCAGAAGGUUGGUCAACACUUUAUGUCGCGAAUGCCGCUGAACUAGCUAACUUGGCUGUCGCUGUAGCAGCUAAGGAAAUAUGCCUCCGAUCCUUUGUCCUUAAUAAGGACCUGUUGGCUACUUCAGACCUUAAAAAGUUGUUACUGCACGAAAACUCUGGACGAUCCCAUAGUUUUUGCCGCCGAGAUAAUUUUGAUGUGAAUGGCGUUCGGGUUGUCUUCACAGGGACGGCACAUGCUUCAUAUGAAAGAGUCUACAUCUCGGAUGAUAUCGAGGACUGGGUGGAGUUUGUUCGGCCUUUAUCGAACAAUAUCUUCGACAAGACCCUAUCCUUGAGCACCUUGCCAUCGAGGAAUACCGUAAAAAAGGAGGUGAAGAGAGUAACCAAUAAUGUCCCAAGAGGUCGUUAA